AUGAAUUUCAUGGGUAUUUUGAAUCAACCUGCUCAAAAACUCCAAACAGUGGACUCUUCUGUUGGCCUUCUUCAGAUGAAGCCCGAGGUUCAAGUCUUAGACUCACAAAUCGUAUGCAAAGCCGGAGAUCAGUUGUGGCGGCCAAAACACCCCUCACAAGGCGAACUUGGGACCAAAAAUCUAAUUCUCUCGGUGACGGACACAGCUGCCACCCCCUCCGAUUAUCGAUCCUUUGUUUGCAAUCUCUGUAACAAAGCCUACAAAUGGAAGAAGGAUCUUCAGAGACACAACCGCCUGGCGCAUCAACUAUCAGACGCACGGCUCAAGCAAGCAGCCGAACAGGCCUGGCCGAUUAAGCAGUUGCCUCAGCCCGGUGACGAACUGCGGACUAAGACAAUGAUUUUAUCCGUCACAGAAACCACGUCAAGUCCCUCUGAUUUCCGGGCAUUUGCUUGUGGACUUUGUGGAAAGGCCUACAAAUGGAAGAAAGAUCUACAGAGACACACUAGGCGUGUGCAUGGACCCCUUCAGCUCUGA